UGAUGAUCAGGCAGGCCGCUUGUCUCUAACCAGCAAGACAGACAAACUGUUUCCGUUUGACAGGGAAACGAAAGCGAAAGCAUUUUAUUCAUUGGUCUGAGAAAUCAUUCAGCAUCCCCUGGGUUUUUGAAACAUUCCGGGCGACGUAGAGAUGCGUCGUGUACGUCUUUGACAAAGGAAGAUGAGAACCAUUGGGCAACACCGUGUGUGACAAGGAAAAUAAUCCUCACGUCACCAUAACAACUUAGCACAUGACGAGAUCUUCAGAAACGCCUCUUCUGCAAAACUAAGUUUAUUGAAAGUUGAGACAAAAUAACGCUGCCAGACUACGACACAUUACCAUGGUGCUGAAUACACUCAAAGUCACCUGGAGCAGACACUCAAAAUGGAAUGGAUGCUAGGUCCAGUUUUCAUUACUUACUGUAGCUUUGGAAAAGAUCAAAGAUAUAAAAAAUAAAAAAAAUGAAUCCCACGGACAAGUAAUGGGCAUGUGGUAGUGUGUUUUGUUUCCAGUGAAAAUGUCAGGCUUAUUAUGAAUAAAAACAUCAGUGAUUCACUGUGCUGAUGCUGAAGCAUAUAUCUGAAGUUAACGGUGUCACAAAAUUGCAUGGUGUGCUAAGUAUUGUUAUUGUUACACCCAGAUUGUAAUGUUGUGCCACCUUCAGUGAGUGACCAAAUGUCUGUGAUGUCUGGAUUUGUGUUAUCAGGAUACCAUCGUAAUUGGUUCUGUUUAAAUAGCGGUCUUCCAAGAUGAAGGAGAAGAGAAGAGUCCGAAGAAGAUUUUCAGAUGAUCACACCAUGUUCAAUGAGAUGACAGCCAUGGAUCAAAUCAUUGAGGCCAACGAGUAUGAAAGAGCCACCUUAGUAACCGAAGGAACAACUUUAAGAGAGGGAGACAUAGCUGUCUCCAACAUGGGUGGAAGGACAUGCUUUGCCAGAAGCUGUUUGUGGUCUAAAUCUGUGGAUGGCCAUGUGUACAUAGCUUACACUUUUUCACCAGAAUACAAUGAAUUGGAUAAAAAGACCAUCACGCAGGGCAUGGAACUCAUUGAGGAGGAUACCUGUGUUCGCUUUGUGCCAAGGACUCACCAGAGGGACUACCUGGACAUCAAGCCGAAGUCUGGGUGUUGGUCCUACCUGGGGGUACGUGGCGGAAGGCAAGCUCUGUCUAUGCAGACACCAGACUGCAUGUCAUCCGGUGUGGCUGCCCAUGAGCUCAUGCAUGCCUUGGGAUUUGUGCAUGAGCAGUCACGAGCUGAUCGUGACAACUUUGUGACCAUCAAGUGGUCGAACAUCUGGAAAGAUCGUUUGAGGAAUUUUGAGAAGUUCAAAACGAAUAACCUGGACACUCCAUAUGACUAUGGAUCUCUGAUGCAUUAUAGCAUGUAUGCCUAUUCUGAAGAUGGGGAUCCCACAAUAGUUCCAAAAAGCAGCUGGAAUGUUCAGAUGGGUCAGGGAUAUGGCCCCAGUCGUUUGGAUAAAGUCAAAAUUAACAGACUCUACAAAUGUGGUUAAUGGUUCCUUGUACACAAAAGAAAAACACUGCCUUAAUGCUUACUGACUGUGCUCUGCUGUUUGUAUUUAGUCAUGUUUAAUGUGCCUAAGACUGAUUAAAAUGCUUAUCUUGCUUAUUACUCUUUUGAACCUUU